AUGGACACCUACUCCUACGGUGAUGGCGCUUCAUCCGAUAUCGCCCCCAAGCAUAUGUCUACGGAGAAGCAGGUAGCGUCAGAGUCCGUCAGAGUUGUUGUUAUAAAAGCCCCUUGUGGUGCAUGCAAAUUCCUAAGAAGAAAAUGCAUCCCUAGUUGCAUCUUCGCCCCUUACUUUGAAUACUCCGAUCAGGGGGUUACUCGCUUUGCCGCCGUCCACAAGGUGUUCGGCACUAGCAACGCCUCUAAGAUUCUCCUACGCACCCCUGCCAAUCGCCGCCACUGUGCUGCCAUUACCUUAUCCUACGAGGCUCAGGCAAGGCUCUUCGACCCAAUUUACGGUUGCGUGUCAACAAUUCUCGCACUGAAGCAACAGGUGGCAUCUCUUGAAGCGGAGCUUGCAAUGUUGAAAACGGAGAUAAUGAAUAGCACAUUUGCAGUGGAAAAUGGCCUUCAAACUUCACAGCAGCAGGAGGAGGCUACGUAUUUCAAUACUUCCUCUACUGCGGCUUUAAACAACGACGUGCUAAACAUAAGCAACUUUAGCUCCAAUUUCAACCUUAUCGGAGAAACCAUUUACGCUGAUUCACAGUGUUUUUAUCCCAUGGUUCAUCUUUCAUGCCCCUUCCCUGUAGGGGGUGAGGAACAGAGCCACUACCCAAUUGCCUUUACCAAUAACAUGUUCUAUUAA